AUGUUUGCCAAAACUGUUGUCUCAACUCUCAUGGCUGGCGCUGCCAUUGCCGCCCCUUCUACGCCCACGACCACCGAGGUGGACUUUUCCAUCGGUGCCCUCGACAGCCGCCAGCUCGGCGGCAGGGUCAGCAACGGCGCCAUUGCCAACUUCAACUCCGGCAACACCAAUGACGGCAUCGGGCCCGGAAAGGACGUGUACCGCAUGUACUAUGGCGACGGCAGCACCGGCGCCGGCUGGCCUGACCGCAACCGCUGGGUGUCUUUUGUCGACAUGUUCAACAACUACAAGAACCAAAUGUUUAGCUCUUGUGGCGGCCAAGGCCAGGCCAACGACUCUGGCCCCGAAGUGGGUGCCAUCUACGACGGCAUCCAAAAGGCCGCGGCCGCGACGGGCGUCGACCACCGGUUCAUCUUGGCCGUCAUCAUGCAAGAGUCUGACGGCUGCGUGCGCGUCAAGACGACCAACUACGGGGUGCGCAACCCGGGGCUGAUGCAGGACCACGACGGCGAGGCCACGUGCAACGAAAACGGCCAUGUGCAAAACCCGUGCCCGUCGAGCACCAUCUACAAGAUGAUCUCCGAGGGUACGGCCGGCACGGCCCAGGGCGAGGGGCUCGCGCAGACGCUCAACCGCGCGGGCCGCAGUGAUGUGUCGGCGUUUUACCACGCCGCGCGCCUCUACAACUCGGGGUCCGUCUCGCACACAGGCAACCUGCAGGACGGCAUCGCGACGCACUGCUACUCGAGCGACAUUGCAAACCGUCUUACCGGUUGGGUCAGCGCCGCGUCGCAAUGCAACUGCGACAACGAUCCCAACAGGUGUGGCAUCACAACCAACUAA